UGUAGCGCGGAGACGCGUGGAAGGUAUUUUAAAUGAGAAGUUAAAAUACAUGUGCAUACCGUUCAUCUAGUUACUAUGUUUCGAAUUUUCGAAGGACCGACGUAUGUGCUGUUUACUUUUAAGUAAACAAAAUUAUGGAAUCUAUGGAUAUUGUUUUGCCUGCUCUGUCCACAAUGGUCCCCGAUGGGUCAACAAGUCUACAAGAAGUUCGCAGAGAAAACUUACAAGUUACAAGGCGAUCACGGUGACGUCCAGAGGCAGGAGACGGAGCGUGAGGUCAGAGUGUUUUGGCAGCACGAGUGGCAUCAGUGUGUGAGACAGGACCAAAGAGCGACACUUUGGGGGGUGUCUGCAUGUCUGGACAAGGAGUGAUUAUGCCCACCGACAGGGAGCCUACAGUGACGGUCAAACUACUGCACCUCAUCUUUCUCUCCACCUUCUGGGGCAUGCAGAUAUGGGUCACCUUCAUUUCAGGGUUUGUGAUGGACAACAAUUUAAACAGACACACAUUUGGCUUCAUCCAGAGCCGACUGUUUCCCUUCUACCUCCAUAUUGGUUCUGCUUGUGCCUUCUUCAAUCUCACCAUAUUUGCCAUGUACCACCCCAGGGACCUUCUAGAUGAAAAGGAGACUUUCCAGAUUGUCAUUUUCUUUACCUGCGUGAUGGUGGCUGCCAUCAAUGCUCAGUGGUUUGGCCAGAUGACCUCAGAGAUCAUGGCAGACAUGCACCUCAUCGAGCAAGCCUGUGGACUUGGUCAGGACAUUGGACUGUCGUCAAACCGUGAAGCCUAUGCCAAACUGUGUGAGACGGAUCCUAAGUACAAGAAACUGAGCAGUAGACUCUGGCACUACAAUUUACUCUCCUCUCUCUGCAACCUCUGUUGCAUUAUCUGUAAUGGGUACAGCCUCUAUUAUGUGGCACAGAACCUCUCCACACUGUAAAGAUAGUUUGAAAGGUGCUUUGGUGAGCUCCUUAUGUAAUUAUAUUAUAUGAAUUUUUAGUGACUGUCCUUGAGUACGGUAAAAUCAGGGAACUAUUCUGAUGUCUGAUGUGCAUAUUUUUAUAUCUAGCUCAUAGACAUGUGAGGGAUAUUUCCUUUAAUCCUGAAAAUAACUUGAUGCAUUUUGAAUGAUGAGGUUUAAGAUGGAAUGUCAUGAGAGGUCUAAAACAGGAUGUUUGUAAUUUGUCAAACCAAACUUUUUUUUUUUUUUUUUCUUCUCCUUCCGAACUUGAACAGGUUUGUUUUAAGUUUAUAUAUUGGGUGCUACUGUAAACAGGUCUCAGAUUAUUUUUAAAUGCCAGUGGAACACUUUCAGCCUCAGGGACAUAAUGGCAUUUAAAACGAAACAUCAAUUUCAAAUGCAUUGCCCAGAGAUGUGCUGCAAUCCAAAAAUGGUUGUGCCAUUUCUAAGAAGCGUUCCUGGUGGGAUUUGAGUGCCUACACAUUCCGCAGUAGUGGAAAACCUGUGUCUGAAAUGCAUGCACUCGUUAACUUCAUAUUCAGUUAUGUAAACAUGGACAUUACAUGUGUCCUCUUUGAAUUGUACUGGAGUUAAAUUGCAGAGGAAGGGAGAUCUAUUACUGUCUUGUUUAACCAGUUUUAUAUUAUGCAAUGCAACUUUAUUCUACUUUAAAGAAUCCAGCAGGUCCAGUUUUUCCUGUUUUGGUUGUCUUUUUAAGGAGACCCUUGGACCUCUUGUAGCUGUCCACACCGACACAAGCUCUCUGUCCGAGUGAUGCUGCUGCCUGUGGUGAACUAUGUAUGAGCGUUUGAGAUGUCCUUGUCAUACCUGCUGCUGAAAAAAAUGGUCAACAAGUUGGAGGGCUGUUAAUGUAUAAACAUUUUAAAUAUACUAUGAACACAUGUAAGCACUGUAAGUCAC